GACUUCUCCGGAAAAAACACUGAAAUUUAGAUUAUUUUUCAUCUGAAAACCCCCUGAAAGCCAAAAUGUUGGUUCAGUCAGAGAAGGACCUCACCUGCACACUAUGCUGCGAGAUCUUCAAAGAUCCUGUGAAGUUGGAAUGCAGCCAUACCUUCUGCAAGGACUGUCUGCAGGCAGAGUGGGCUGGGAAACAAACACGGCUGUGUCCACUGUGCAAGGAGAUCUCCCUGCUGAGAGAUCCUCCUCGAAACCUGAUGAUGAAGAACCUGUGUUUCGCCUUCUUUCUGGGGAGAGGCCAGAGAGCCAACGCAGGGGCCGAGGACCUCUGCAGUCUGCACUCAGAGAAACUCAAACUGUUCUGCUUGGACCACCAGGAGCCUGUUUGUCUCGUCUGCAGAGAUUCAAAGGCCCACAGCGACCACAGCUUCAGACCCAUCGAUGAAACCGUGCAGGAUCACAGAGACGAGCUGCAGAACCAUCUGAUGCCAUUAAAGGACAAACUGAAGCAGUUCAAACAAGUUGAGGUAAACUUUGAGGAAAGUGAAGAACACAUCAAGGUCCAGGCUAACAGGACAGAGAUGCAGAUCAAAGAGCAGUUCAAGAAGCUUCAUCAGUUCCUGCAGGAGGAAGAGGAGGCCAGAAUCGCAGCUCUGAGGGAAGAGGAGGAGCAGAAGAUUCAGCUGAUGAAGGAGAAGAGGGGGGACCUGAGCAAGAAGACCGAAGCUCUUUCAGAAACGGUCACAGCAACAGAGGAAGAGUUUAGAAGAUCUGAGGACCUGUCGCUGCUGCAGAACUACAGGAGAGCAAAGGAAAGAGUCCAACAGUGCCCCCUGCUGGAUGACCCACAGCCACUCUCAGGAGCUCUGGUAGAUGAAGCCAAACAUCUGGGCAACCUGAGCUACAACAUCUGGACCAAAAUGAAGCGCAUGGUCUCAUUCUCUCCUGUGAUUCUGGAUCCAAACACGGCCGAAGCACACCUCCUCCUGUCUGAGGACCUCACCCGCGUCACGUUUGUGCCCAGACAGACGCUUCCUGACAACCCAGAGAGGUUUGGGCAGCGGCACUGUGUCAUCAGCCAUGGAGGCUUCAGCUCAGGGACUCACAGCUGGGAUGUGGAGGUUAAAAACGAGGAGUUCUGGGGUCUGGGUGUCCUGUCAGAGUCUGUACCCAGGAAAGGACAGAUACAGGCCGGGUUCUGGGGAAUAGCUUUCUGUAAUGGAGGCUUCUCAGCCGUCUCCUCUGCACUUCCCAACAAAGCUCUCUCUGUGACAAAGCUCCAGAGGGUCAGAGUUCAGCUGGACUGGGACGGGGGGGAAGUGUCCUUUUUGGACCUGGACACCAACGACCACCUUUACACCUUCAGAGACACUUUCACAGAGAAGCUGUUUGCCUAUAUUUGCACCAAGAACGAAUCGCCACUGAAGAUCCUGCCAGCAACAACAAAACCCAAUGAUCAGUUUUAACCAGUAAACUCAGAACCAGGCAGCGGAAUCAGGAUGUCGCUUUCAAAAAGGGAUCUAAUUUAUUAUGUUAGGAGAAGAAAAAAAGAGGAAAUAUGUGUCGGGUCAAUUAUGUCUUUGUUGAUCAAAGGAUAUACUCAACUUUAAAGGAGAAGUCCGGUCAGCGAGGAAUAAUCAAUAGAUCAUUAUUUAUACCUAAAACUAAUACGUUUGCGGUAAAAACAAUAAUUUUCAACGCAAUCACAGAGUCUGGGAG